AGAAAGUAGGUUAGCAGGGUAGACUGAGAGGAAAGCAGGCGGAGAGUCACAGCACGGAGUCUGAGCACCGCUGGAACACCGUGGGACUAUUCCGUAAAAAAAAAAAAAAAAAGUUCUGCCAAAAUAUUUUCGCCAGUGCUACGAGACGGUUACGAUGCAAUCCAAAGCGACGUUUUACACUCUUUUAUUUUGCUCGGAUUUGACCGAGCGAUAAAGGAGUUUCGGGUAGUUUUUUUCUCUAUUUUUUCCUUUUUUUUGGGGUCGCCCUUUACGUGAGCUGUCUGCAGCCGGACGAAGUUAAUAUUUACAGAGCCGGUGCAUCCUGGAUCCAGCGCUUUAUUCUCCUUAUCCUGGCUGCUACAUUAACCACAUGUAGUCGAGUUUUUGUCGUCCAGCCCAGUAAAACCAAACAUCGAAAAUGAGAGCUCAAAUCGAGGUCAUCCCCUGUAAGAUCUGUGGGGACAAGUCCUCGGGAAUCCACUAUGGAGUUAUCACCUGUGAAGGCUGCAAGGGUUUCUUCCGUCGCAGCCAGCAGAACAAUGCCAUGUACUCUUGUUCCCGCCAGAGGAACUGCCUGAUCGACCGAACAAACCGUAACCGCUGCCAGCACUGUCGCCUACAGAAGUGUCUGGCUUUAGGCAUGAGCAGAGAUGCGGUGAAGUUCGGCCGUAUGUCCAAGAAGCAGCGUGACAGCCUGUACGCUGAGGUGCAAAAGCACCAGAAGUCCCAGGAGUGUGUGACCUCUGGGGGCGGGGGCUCCACUGCUCUAUCCUUACCCAGGGAGGAUGGUGUCUGUGGUGGUAGUGGGGAGGAUGGUGAAGAGGGCCUGAGCCGGUCCUACAGCAGCGGGGGCUCCAGCUCCACCCUCAGUGACCUCGAUGACAUUGCCGCACUGCCUGACCUAUUUGACCUGCCGCUGACCCCCGAGGAGGCCAGCGAGUACUGUAGCCUAGAGUUACUUGGCGGAGGGGCCAGCACUGGAAACACCUCCAACUCAUCAUCUUCUUCGUCCACUUCCUCAUCCUUGUCCAAUCAAAAUUCGCCGCAGCAGACUAUGCUGGAUGGGGCAGACAGCAAUGGAAUCCACUCUCACACACAUCCACUGCUGGCACACACACAUGCAUUGCUGGACCAUCUACCUGAUGACUGCUCAAUAACAGACCUUGAGCACAUCACUCAGAGUAUUGUUAAAUCGCACCUGGAGACGUGUCAGUACAGCGCUGAAGACAUGAAGAGAUUCACUUGGGUACAAUACGCACCUGAGGAAACGCGUGCUUUUCAGAACAAGUCAGCUGAGUGGAUGUGGCAGCAGUGUGCACACCACAUUACCAAUGCCAUCCAGUACGUGGUGGAGUUUGCCAAACGGAUUGCUGGCUUUAUGGACCUAUGCCAGAAUGAUCAGAUUAUACUGCUGAAAGCAGGCUGUCUGGAGGUCCUGCUGAUACGUAUGUGUCGAGCUUUCAACGUCAACAACAGCACCAUUUUCUUCAAUGGAAAAUUCGCCUCAGCUCAGUUCUUCAAAGCACUAGGUUGUGACGACCUGGUCAGCGCAGUUUUUGACCUGGGUAAAGGGCUCUGCCGUCUACAGCUGUCUGAUGAAGAGAUGGCUCUCUUUAGCGCAGCCGUUCUUCUAUCCCCUGAUCGACCCUGGCUGACAGAAGGCCAAAAGGUUCAGAAACUGCAGGAGAAAGUCUACCUGGCUCUGCAGCAUAGCCUACAUAAGAGCGGUGCUUCUGACGAGAAACUAGAUAAGAUGGUGUCCAAGCUUCCUAUAAUGAAGUCUAUCUGUAACCUCCACAUUGACAAACUGGAGUUUUUCCGUUUGGUCCACCCAGAGACCGCCUACAGUUUCCCUCCACUGUACCGGGAAGUGUUUGGCAGCGAGAUGUCUCUGCCCGACUCCACCGACAGCUAGACGGACAGAUAAACAGACAGAUGGAGAGAGUGUAUAAAGAGGAAGGGAAGCAAAAGGAGAGACAGAGAAGGAUAGAGAUGUUGAAGCUCAACAACCAGCAGUUAAGAGACAAUCCGGGACUUUAAAUACUCCGUCUCCCAUGAUUCCAAAGUAGUCCUCCACUUUCCCAGCAGGCAAAGCACCUUACACUACAGACCACACAUGCUCAUGGUCCUCUGCAUAUUGUAGCAUUAAUAACAAGCAGAUGGGCAUCGUAAUAAUAACACAGCAGAUCACCUAGCAUGAGACAGCUCUAAGCUCUAACACCUUUUUAACAUGUGAUCCACUGUGGAUCACCCAACCAGUUAUGAAUGUACCUCAUCGAAAAGCACCAGUGCACAAGCCAGAACCCAACAACAGUGAAUGUACUACCCUGCCACUACUGGACAGAGUUUUACACAUAUUAGUGUACACAGUAUUAGAAUGGAGAUGUGUUGAUCAGCAACUCUUGAUAUUAACACAGUUCUCAAUUGAUACAUCUCAGUAUGGUACGCCAGCGUAUUCAUACAUACAAUAAACUUGUACUGACCAUCACUUAGGGACCAAGAUCAUGAGUCAUUUCCUUUGACAUAAACAGAAAUACACAGAUCUAAUAUGACUCAUGGAUUCAGCUGACCUCCUUCAUCAGCUGAGAACCAGUCUCACUCACAUUUGACAGUGUUCGGUGCUGCCUUUUGAAGGCUCUUGUAAUGCAAUGAGAAACCUCAGUCCCACACACCCCUUUCCUUGUAAAUGCCACUUAGAGACAGGACAAGAUGAAAUUAUCUUUAAUUUAUAUACACAUUUAUAAACAAAUAUUUUAAAUAAGAAUGUAAAUAGAUGACUAUAUAAGUAUAUAUAGAGAGAGUUAGAAUGUGUGAGUUCAGUUCAGAGCGCAAGGGAGAGAAAGGUGGAUAGUUAGUUAGAUGUUCAGGAGGGGACAAAAAGACAUUUGUCAAGAAAGCUGAUAUUUGGAAUCUUUUUUCUGGACUAUUUUCCUCUCUUGACAGUACUCUCAGGUUUCCAUGGCAACAAACCCCUCUUGCCCUGGUGGCAAACCCAUCGGGGUUACAGUCAUCAUUGCAAGCGAUGGGGUGGACGUUUGUUGCAUAUGCGACACAGCAGGUUGAGGCGGUGUACCCAAACAAAGGCGAAGAUAUUUCCUUUGUCUUGCAUUUAAACUGAGAGCUUUGAUUCUGCGCUGUUGCUGACCCCGUCCUCCCUGCCUAAAGACAAGAGACAAGAGGACAAACAGGACACUAAGGAACUGAGAAAGCAAGGCAAAAGAUGACUUCUUGAACUGUAUAAUAAAAGGGGAUACACAGUGUCUCCCCACCUGUUUCUAACCAGCAGUCAGUUCAGUAGGUGUAGUAUAAUUGUCAAUCACUCAUAUUGUUUCAGUUGGUUAAAAGCCCUGAAAACGAUGGUCCAUGAUAUGUAUCAUAUACCCUCCUUGCUGGUUGGAGCAGCUGUAUUAUUUUGUAUAUUUGCUGUUCCUCUCCCUUUUGUCCCAAACCCAACACUCGUUCAAAUACCAAGCACUUAUACUUUCCUCUUUCUCACUGGACACUAGUCAAAGGCCAGACAGAGCUACCAGCUGCCCCCCUGAGUUGGGCCUCAGUGCCAGUAAGACUUUAAAGUUUUCAAGCUGUUUUUAUUAUUUUUGUUUUUUAUCCCUCAUCUGUCAAACAAGGUCACUCAUAUCUGUUUACAUUUUAAAUGUACAUAAAAAACACAUUUUCUGAAGGGUGCUUUUGCAUUGAGAUGAUAAUGUCUUACUUGGGGUGCUGUUAAGUUCUUGAGCAGAGUGUGAGGACCUGCCGCCUGCCACUCAGGGAGCUAGCUGUGAUCUCUCGUCCCUUUAUUACCAGUGUCGUCUUUUGGCCUUGUACUCCUCACACCUUUACACCUAAGAUGAGACCCAUAACCAUACAGUAAUCACUGUGGACGUACGUUAUAUUUUUGUGAAUGUCACUCACAAAGUGUCAAAGCCCUUCCCGUUUGUCCUAAUAUUGUAACAUUAAAAUUUAUGAGACAUAGGAAUUAAGAAAAAAAAAGAAAUCAUUUGAAGUUUAUGAUGAAUUUCAUUAUUGGGGUUGAAUGUUUCUUUUGCUGUGAUUUUCAUUUAUUUGUCAGUGUUUUAUCCACUUUUUUCUUUACAUGUCUCCACUUUUGUCUUGUAAAGUCAGUAAUCUAUUUUUUUUAAUUGAAGAAAGAUUAAGACAAGUACAAACAAAAAAAGAAUAGUUUGUCUCCCUUCUCUUUUCCUGUAUGACAAAAUGUACAAGAGGUAUAUUACUAGUCCAAAAGUAACUGAGUCACACAGCUUGAUAUAUAUUGUUGUCCGAUGGGAUACAUUAUAUGUGGUUUUAAGAAUGUAAUAAAUGGUUUCUUUUUCUUUUGAAA